CUUUCAUACAAAGAACACUUUUCUUAAAAAAAAGAAACACAAACAAACUUCUCUUUAAUUAUUCAAUGAGAAGUAAUUCAAUCGCAUCUUUAUCCGCAUUGGUUUUUUCUUUAUUUCAUCCACCUUUUAUUAUUAUUCUCCAUAACGUUAAUUAAAUUAUUUUGCUCAACAUGGCUACUUUUCCAACCUGGAUCAAGAAAAACAACGCAGACAGCAAGGCUAUGUCACCCAGACAAAUCGCAAACAAGGCUUAUUCACUUGCUAUUAAAAAGCUAGACAAGGAUGAAAAGAGACGCAGACCUCAAUACAGCAUUCGUGAAAAGCUCUUGUUAUCCAACACCAUGGCCAAGGCUGAAAGUGUGUUAAAUAAGCAAUUACCCCGCUCCAAUCGUAGAGUAUUGGCUUUUGAACAAGACGAUGAUGUUCUUGCUCCUCCUCUUAAGAAACUGGCUUCAAUGAAGAAGCAAGAAACUGUAAAUAUCAAGCAAGAAACAACUGUACAUAACCAGACCAAGAAUGAGUCACUACCUAUACCAGAACAAAUCAUUCUUUCAAUUGCAGUCAUUGCUACAGCAUUACAACAACAACAGCAACAACAACAACAUUCUCUACUUUGUAGACCAUUCAUAAUACCUUCCAAUUUGACUAACUCUCUCACUCCUAUUAUUUAAAUAAAUAAAACACAUUCUCAAUAAAGACUGUAUACAUGAUCUGCGCCAC